AUGGUAGAUGCAAAGUCAAUUAACACUCCAAUGUCCAUAAAUGGAAACUUGGACAGGGAUGAAAACGGUAAGGAUGUUGAUGUCAAAAGGUAUAAAGGUAUGUUUGGAUCACUCUUAUAUCUUACUGCAUCUGUGUAUGGCAUUAUGUUUAGUGUAUCCAUGUGUGCUCGAUAUCAAUCCGCUAUUAAGGAAUCACAUUUAAAAGUUAUAAAGCGCAUCCUUGUAUACCUUCAUGGUACGUCUAAGUAUGAGCGUUGGUUUUCCAAGGGUAGAGAUUGUAGUUUGGUUUGUUACUCUGAUUCCAAUUUUUCCGGUUGCAAAUCGGAUAGGAAGAGUAUUAGUGGAACUUGCCAUAUCUUUUCAAACUCCUUAGUUAGUUGGCAUAUCAAGAAGCAAUUCUCUAUUGCUUUUCCAACUGCCGAGGCGGAAUACGUCACAGUCGGUAGUUGUUGUUCUCAAAUUUAA